AUUGGUGCAAGUUUUUUGACAAUGGCAUGGUUUUUUAAUAAAUAUGCCAAGAAUUUUGCUGUUAUUGGGAUAACUAUUUGUAUAUUGGAAUACAUUGGGAUUUUCAAACAUUAUCACGAGUUAGAAUAUGAGCGAUAUUUUGAUUACCCAACUGGUCUACCCAGUGAUUAUAAUUAUUCAUAUAUCCAUAAUCCUUCCGAAAAAUGCAGAAUACCACCCAAAUUAUUGAUAAUUGUAAAGUCUGCUGCUGAAAAUGUUUAUCGUCGUAAUAUUAUUCGUCGCACUUGGGGUUAUGAACACCGUUUCUCUGAUGUGGAAAUAAGAUGCGUGUUUUUACUUGGAAUUGGUAAAACUGAAAAAACCAAUAUUAUUUCAAAAAAUGAGUCUUCGAAAUUUAAUGAUAUUAUUCAGAUUGAUUUCAUUGAUGCUUAUUUUAACAAUACCAUAAAAACAUAUAUGGGAAUGAAAUGGGCUCUUAGCUAUUGCAAUAGUGAGUUUUUCUUCUUUGUGGAUGAUGACUAUUAUGUGUCAACAAAAAAUUUGUUAAAAUACGUUUCGAAAGCUGUUCCAAACAGUCAUAUCACAGAAAAUGAGAAAAAUGAACUAUUUUCUGGCUUUGUAAUGCAAACACCACCUCAUAGACAUAGAUUCAGUAAGUGGUAUGUAUCUCUAAAAGAAUAUCCGUUUGAUUUGUGGCCUCCCUAUGUAACUGCUGGUGCUUUUGUCCUAAAUCGAAAUACUCUAUUUAAGUUGUUUAGUGCUAGUAGCCACAUGAAAAAAUUUAGGUUUGAUGAUAUUUUCUUAGGUAUAGCAGCACUAAAAGCUAAUUUAACUCUUAAACACUGUGAAAUGUUUUAUUUCAAUAAGCCAAAAUACGAAGGACCUGCAAGCUUCCAAAACAUUGUUGCAUCACAUGGAUUUGAAAAUAGCAAGGAAUUGGAAACCACAUGGAAUGAAUGUCGAUCAGCUGGUUUUGCAUGACCUAUAUGCAAACCUUAAAUAUAAAUAUGUUGCAAUAGUGUUUUUAUCUGUAUAUAAUGGAGUAGUUAUUUUUAUAUCAUUUUCGAGAUUUGCAAAUAAAAAUAUUAAUUACCAUACAAUGGCUUUAAUACAUAUCUUGUUCAUUAUACGAAGUAUUAGUUAAGGAAUCAAAGCAAUUAGUCCAUGCAAAUUAAAAAAUAUAAUUUACAAAUAAGUAUAUUAAAAUUAUAAAAUAUGUAUAAACAAAUUUUCAAUAGAAAAAUGCGAAUAUUUAGAUGGAAUUUUAUAGUAUACCGCCAAAAUAUCCAAAUGUUCAAAUAAGAUUUAAUGUUGUAUGCGACACACUAGUUAAUUUCGAUAAAUGAAAACAGUAGAACAAAACAGUGUAUUCCAUGCCAUAAAUCUCUGUUUCUGCCUGUUAAUUCUCCUUGAUUCCUAUCCUACGUAUAGAUAGAUUCUAAAUAACGAAACAAAUAUUCAAAAUGUUUAUAAAUGUUAUAUUUUUUAAAUGCUCAUCUUCAUUGUGGUUAUUGCAUUUCAAAUUAAUAAUUUAUUACAUUAAUAUUAUAACACAAA